GUAAAGGUCGGCCCCCGCAAGAUGGCGGCCCCCUUGGAACUCAGUUGCUGGGGAGGCGGCUGGGGGCUCCCAUCGGUUCACAGCGAGUCCCUGGUGGUGAUGGCUUAUGCCAAAUUUUCUGGUGCACCCUUGAAAGUCAAUGUGAUAGAUAACACCUGGAGAGGUUCAAGAGGUGAUGUACCAAUUUUGACAACUGAAGACGACAUGGUUUCUCAGCCAGCAAAAAUACUAAACUUUUUAAGAAAACAGAAAUAUAAUGCUGAUUAUGAACUCUCAGCAAAACAAGGGGCAGAUACAUUGGCUUAUAUUGCUCUCCUCGAAGAGAAGCUUCUCCCUGCAGUGCUUCACACAUUCUGGGUUGAGAGUGACAAUUACUUUACUGUGACAAAGCCAUGGUUUGCUUCACAAAUUCCUUUUCCUUUGAGUUUGAUCCUGCCUGGAAGAAUGUCUAAGGGAGCACUGAACAGGAUUCUCCUGACCAGAGGACAGCCUCCCCUCUACCACCUCCGAGAAGUGGAAGCACAGAUAUACAGAGAUGCCAAGGAGUGCCUAAAUCUUCUAUCAAACAGAUUGGGAACAUCUCAGUUUUUCUUUGGAGAUACGCCUUCUACCUUGGAUGCCUAUGUUUUUGGUUUCCUUGCACCUCUUUACAAAGUACGGUUUCCUAAAGUUCAGCUGCAAGAACAUCUGAAACAGCUCUCCAACCUCUGUCGCUUUUGCGAUGACAUCCUGAGCAGUUAUUUUAGGCUUAGUCUUGGAGGCAUCUCUCCAGCUGGACAAGAAACGGUAGAUGCAAAUCUGCAGAAACUCACACAACUUGUAAAUAAGGAAUCCAACUUGAUUGAAAAGAUGGAUGACAAUCUUCGCCAAAGCCCUCAGCUUCCUCCUCGGAAACUGCCAACACUUAAAUUGACUCCAGCAGAAGAAGAAAAUAAUUCCUUCCAACGGCUUUCACCCUGACGAUAGUCAUGGUUUGUGGCCAAAGUCAAAUGAUUGUUGCAGUAAUCUCUUACACCAAGGGUGUGAAGGCAAAAAGAAGAUACCAUAAUAGGUAUUAAGGAAGACUCUAAACCAAAAGGAACUUUCUAUGCCAUCUGUUUUUACUAUUAUUAUUAGGAAGCUUGUAUUCUAGCUUGGCACUGCAUUUUUAAUAACAUCAAAGAGAAUGCUAAAUGAACUUGGGCGGGGGGAAGAAAAACACUUCGUACUGUAUACAAAGAACUGCCUUAAUCAUGGCAGAUUUUUGCCUUUGGUUCACAUGUUGCUGACCAAAAGCUACAAUUCUGUUCUGAAUGUGCACUCCUAAUUUAUUUGAGUUAAUUUAUUCAAUUUAUUAACUUAAUUUUCUUAGACCAGGCUGAAUACCUAAUAUGUGGCUUUUUGGCUGAGGCUUUUUACUUCUGUUUAGAAAUUUGAUGCCUAUUUUAGGAACCAGAAAAAGAUAAAUUGCUUCAGUAGAAGAGACCAUAUUUAACUUUAAAAAGUGAUGAGGAAUGUGGUUUUUAAUUAUGCUCUCAUAAGUCUAAUCUUUUGGGGGUUUAGUAGCACAUAGAUAAAUAUUAAAGGUGGUUACGUAUAAUAA